ACACAACUUUAUAGAGUAGCAUUUCCUUGUGCUGCACACAUUGGUUUGUCUACUUUUUUGACGGGUCAAUGAUUGGCUGAUCAUUUAAAAGCGUGCGUGAGAGACUGAGAGCUCAUGCUUCUGCCGAAGGAAAUUAGUACGAACAAACAAGAGAGGCUGAAGAUAGAAAGCAAUGGAGGAUUCCCUCCCUCUCCAUGUUUGCCAUGUCAACAAACUAUCCAUAUUCAUCCACAGGUCACACACACUCGUCCACUCCAUGGCUUUAGCUUUCUUGGUUUGCUACAGAGCCUCUUUCCUCUUCCAAGACCACAAGAUCAGACCCACACCCAUGCUACCAUGGCUUCUUGUGUUCGUUUCUGAACUCCUCCUCUCUUUCAUAUGGCUUCUUGGCCAAGCUUUUCGAUGGCAUCCUGUUACUCGGACAGUCUUUCCAGAACGACUACCGGAAGACGAUAAGCUCCCUGCCAUUGACGUAUUCAUAUGCACUACAGAUCCAGACAAAGAACCAACUGUGGUGGUGAUGAACACUGUGUUAUCAGCCAUGGCGCUGGACUACCCCCCAGAGAAGCUUCACGUGUACCUUUCAGAUGAUGGUGGUUCUCCCCUGACUUUGCAUGGUAUGAGGGAAGCCUGGAGGUUUGCAUGGUACUGGCUUCCUUUUUGCAGGAGGUAUGGAAUCGAGACCAGGUGUCCAGAGUUUUAUUUCUCCGCUCUAGCGGAAGAUAUAGGCUUUGGGAGUUCUGAAUUCAUGACAGAGCGCCAAAAAACUAAGGAAAUGUACGAGAUGAUGAAGGACUCUAUAACACAAGUAAGAGAAAGAUGCGGGCAAGGCCAUAGUAGGAGCAGUGCUGCUCGAGAUCACCCUUCUGUCGUUGAAGUGAUACAAGAUGAGUCCAAUGACACGGUACUAGAAACUAAGAUGCCUCUCCUCGUCUACGUUUCUCGUGAGAAAAGGCCUUCUCAUCCCCACCAUUUUAAGGCUGGAGCUCUCAAUGUCCUUCAACGGGUAUCAAGUAUGAUAAGCAACUCCCCCUACAUACUAGUGCUUGAUUGUGACGUGUAUUGCAAUGACCCGACAUCAGCAAGGAAAGCAAUGUGUUUCCACCUUGAUUCUAAGAUAUCAAACUCGCUCGCAUUCGUUCAAUUCCCUCAAAGAUUCCACAAUAUCAGUAAGAACGACAUCUAUGACAGUCAGUUGAGAUCAAUAUUUUCGGUGCAAUGGGAAGGUGUAGAUGGGCUGAAGGGACCCAUCUUGUCUGGUUCGGGCUUUUACAUCAAGAGGGUUUCGUUAUAUGGAAGUACCAUUGAUGAAGAUAUGGACCUCGAGGAACUUAAACGAUCAUUUGGUUCAUCCAACAAAGUAAUCAAAUCCGUUCGCCAAAUCUACAAGCCGAAUGUGAUCAAUGAUCAGCGUAGUUUGCAAAAAUUGACUCAAUUACUAGAGGCCUCCUGUUCAUAUGAAACUGAUACUAAAUGGGGUAAAGAGGUUGGUUUCUUAUAUGAUUCUGUGUCUGAAGAUUACUUCACAGGGUUCAGGUUACAUUGCAAAGGUUGGACUUCCGUCUAUUGUAAUCCAUUGAGGCCACAAUUCUUGGGAAACGGCACCACGAAUUUGAAUGACUACUUAAUUCAAGGCACGAGAUGGAGCACCGGCGCAAUAGAUGUCUGUUUCUCAAAGUUCUGCCCUCUCAUAUACGGACCACCCAGAAUCUCUAUUCUCGAGACCAUGUGCUAUGGAGAACUUGCAUUUUCUCCUCUAAUUAAUUGCUUGCCAUUAUGGUGUUUUGCCACCAUACCUCAGCUGUGUCUUCUUAAUGGCAUCCCCUUGUACCCGAAGGUCUCAAAUUCUUUUUUUGUCGUAUAUGUGUUCAUAUUUCUAUCGGCUCUUUCUAAGCAUUUGUACGAGGUGCUAUUAACCGGAGGGUCAUUUCAAACCAUGGAAAAUGAACAGAGAGCCUGGAUGAUCAAGUCAAUCACAUGUUACAUGUACGGAAGCUUAGAUGCUAUAAUGAAGCGGAUGGGAAUGAGAGAAGCCAGUUUCAUGCCAACCAACAAAGUUGAGGACGAUGAACAAGUCAAGCUUUACCGAGUUGGAAAAUUUGAUUUUCAAACAUCAAACAUGUUUCUUCUUCCUAUGGUUGCCCUAAUCAUCUUGAACAUGGCUGCCCUCGUUGGUGGACUUCUGAGAGUGAUCUUUGUUGGCGAUUGGGAUAGGAUGUUUGUGCAAGUCUUCAUCUCAUGUUAUAUCUUAUAUAUAAAUCUCCCAAUAAUUGAGGGCAUGAUGAUGCGGAAGGACAAGGGACGCAUUCAACCAUCAGUCACUCAAUUGUCUGUUAUAAUCUGUAUUUUUUUCUUGUUUUUGGGGUCUGUCGUUCUUCGAUGGCAAGUGAGAUACGAACUUGUUUAGUAGUCCAUUAUUAUUAUUAUAUAUUUUCAUGUUAAUCGUGUCAAUAAUGCCUUUGUUCGAUCUGUAACUAGAUCAGUUCAUGGGAAAGAUUGUGAUGAUCUCUAUUCUAAGGGUAUGUUUUUGC